CCACACAAAAAUAUCCAAUUGAUCUAUUAGACCUAUCUUCAAAUGAAUUAAGUGUAGAGUUUUUGAGUAAAUAUAUGAAACGAAUUGAAAAUGAACUCAUAUGGCCUGCUACCUUCUUUUUCAUCACCUUCCUACAAAUACAAUUUCAAUAACCCUAAAUAUCUUACCACCAUUAUCCAUCCCAAAAGGUUUACAGCCUCGCCCAAUCUCAGCAGAAACAUUUCUGGAGGUAAAAUCAGGGCUUCUGGCAGUACUGUUACACCAGAUGAAGCAGAAGAAGAAGAAGCAAUGGUGAAAAUUGCAUUCGUCCAUUCGGUAUUGUUUCCGGAUGGGAGCCCAGACGUGCAUUAUCGCAAAGCUAAGGGAGGCCAAAAGCUGAGAGACAUAAUGCUGGAUGGUAAUGUAGAGUUGUAUGGACCAUAUUCCAGAGCUCUGUGUAACUGCGGCGGAUUAGGGACCUGUGGCACAUGCAUGGUUGAGGUAGUGGAAGGAAAGGAGCUACUGAGUCCCCGGACAGAAAAGGAGAAUGAAAAAUUGAAACGGAAACCCAGGAACUGGAGACUAGCCUGCCAAACCACAGUUGGAACACCCAAUUCCAAAGGCACGCUUGUGAUUCAGCAACUACCUGAAUGGAAAGGGCAUGAGUGGAAUUAUAAAGAAUUGAAAUCAUCAGGAGGAGCAUGGGCAGAAUUGGAAGCAUCCACUUCAACACCAAUAUAAUAUAUCUUAAAUACUACUCCCUACUAAUUAAUUAAUUAAUUAAUUACUCCUGCUUUUUAGUCCCAAAAAAGUUCUAAUGAUUGCAUGCUACAAUGAAAAUAGAGUAAUGUCCUUCACGUCCUGUUUCAAUCUAUUCAUUUUAUAAAUAAUUAUUUUCAUCUUUA